UUUCCGUCUGGGAGGGUGGUCAGGGGGGCGGUUAAUGUGGGGUUGCUUGGGAGAUGGUAUCGGACUUGUUGUGGGAAACAUGGGGAGAAAUGUAGUCGGCCGAGAUGGUUUGGAAAGGACCCCGAGUGGCCGGAGGGGCUGCGGUUGAUUGAUGUGCGCAGGAUGUGUAUUGUCGAUGCGCCUGAGGAGUGCCCCUAUUUCGCGCUGAGUUAUGUGUGGGGGGAUGAGGAGGACCCGUUCCAGACGACUCUGGCCCGGCUUCAUGCGAUGAAGGAUCCUGGGUUUUUGGAGGCGCAGGUCUUGCCGAAGACUAUUGUCGAUGCGAUGGUGUUGACUAGGGAGAUGGGCGUGGAUUACCUCUGGAUCGACAGACUUUGCGUCAUCCAGGACUCGGAUGCCGAUAAGGCGGUUCAGAUCCCGCAAAUGGACCUCGUGUAUUCUCACGCGACUAUGUCAAUUGUGGCAGCGUGUGGUACCGCGCUCGAUGGCCUGGCAGGUAUCAACGGCACCGAGCGCAUUAUCAAGCAGAAUAUAGCUCGUGUCGCCAAAGACGUAAGCUUGAUGGAUGUGUUACAUCUAGACCAAAGUCACGAAAACAGUCGAUGGAUGACCCGAGGGUGGACGUUCCAAGAAGGCCUCUGCUCCCGUCGGAUUCUAAUCAUAACAUCUGACCAGGUAUACUGGAGCUGCGAGACGUCCAAGUGCUGCGAGAGCAUCGCUUUCGAGGCCUUCCCCACGGCCGUCGCCCCUAAUGAUAUUAUCUUCAACGUGCUGACUGGACAUAAAGUCUUCGGGGAAGUAGGCGGAGGCCAAAAUUUCGCGUUCGGGGAGUUGGAUUCUAUGAUCCGGAGUUACUGUACGAGGAAACUCACCGUGCAGGCAGACGUUCUGGACGCGUUUACGGGCGUGUUAAGGAGAGUCGCGGUGAAUACGGGCCAUGAAUUUUACUGGGGCCACUCGGUCUCGAUGAGGUUCGACGAUAGUCUAGGGUGGGCGAACAUCGUCUGGUAUCCGGAUUCCGAGUGGGAAGCGCAGGAGAAGCCGGAACGCAGACGCGAAACACAUCGCGUGAGAUCGAGCGACGGGACCGUGCAUAAAGUGCGGUUCCCGAGUUGGUCUUGGCUGGGAUGGAAGAAUAUCCAGGGCGUGUCGCGCCCGGCGCCGAAGCAAGUCCUGGUUGAGCCGGAACUCCAGUUCAUGAAGCUCAGUUUGGACGGCAAGGCAGCUAAGUUGUGUUCUGCGAAAGAACAGAAACUCGAUUCUGUUAUGAAGCUCAAUAUGUGCGGUAUCGACCAGUCUACUUCGGCGGGCUGGAAAGGGGAUACUUCGAUUGAUCCCAGCCUCUUCCAUAUGGAUAACGAUGGCGAAUUUAGAGAUUCGGGCCAUCUGUUGUUCUGGACGAGCCACGCAGUGCUUGACGUCGAGGAUGGCAAGAUAUAUAACGAUGCGCGAGAAGAGGUCGGGGAGCUGAAGCCGUUCUGGCCAUACCAGAUGCAGAAACCGUCCGGGAAACAAUCGUUUAUUGUAAUGUCGCGAAAAUACAAUGACGACAACCUCAAAGUCCUCAAGGCGGAGAAGAGACUAAAUGCCUUGCUUGUUGAGUGGGAAGACAGGGAGAAGCGAGUUGCUUCUCGGAUCUGCGCUGCUGGGGUUGAUGAAGCUGCUUGGAUUGGGCUUGGAGAAAAGCGGGAGUGGAUCUUGGUCACUUUAACAUAGAUCCGAAGUUCUAAACAAAUUUUAAUUAACGCGUAUGUCCGUGGCCAUUCGUUUGGGAUGAACCGGCUACAACUGUGGAUAACCAUAACGGCCACCGGCAGAGUGGGACACGCUUCAGGUAAUUCUGGUACCCAAUGAGGAAGGAGCUCGGUCCCUAUUUUGGAAAUAGCUCGACUAGUAGUACAACACCAUAUGUAGGCGUCAUGUCUCAUGCCAUCUUCAUUGAUUACUUAGUAGGUAUCUAAUUCUUCCCGCCGCGAUACUACGAGAGUAAGUAGCCAGAAUCUCACGAACCUCGGGUAAGGAGAGAUGGUCGAUGUCUGUGCCUACGACGAGGAGUUCGAUGUGGCAGGGACGGUUCCGUGUUCUCCUUAUCAGCCUCUUCCUCCUCCACAUCCACCCAUUCCUCCUCUUCCCUAGCCUCCCGUUCCCGACGUUCACUCUCGGCAUAGCUCGAAGCAUACGACACCACGCGUAUGGACGCGAUCCUCUUCAGCUCAGCCUUCUGCUCGUCGCUCAAGGAUAUAGCCUCAGUAA